AUGUUUCAUGAAUUGAGAGAAGGUGGAGUCUUUAGGCAUCUAAAACUAUUUGUACAAGUAAAGAAACUAACUGGACAGGUUACAUAUCUUGUGGAGCGUGGUAGGUUCUCUAAAGGAAUUUUGGCCUGUGCACAGGAAUCUAGAGGAUAUGCAUUGUUGACAACAGAAUUAGCAGGUUCAAUGUUUCAGAUAAAUAUUAGAAAGAUAUGGGACUGGUUGAUGAAUGAUGGUGUGUUGAUGAUUGGCGUGUAUGGCAUGGGAGGAGUGGGGAAAACAAGUGUGCUAAUACACAUACAUAAUAUGCUUUUAACAGCAGUCACCAACUUUGAUAGUGUGUUUUGGGUGACUAUCUCACAGUCAUAUAGCAUUCACAAAUUGCAGUGUGAUGGGGCCAAAAUAGUUGGGAUAGAUAUUUCAGAAGAAAGUGAUGAAAGGAAAAGAGCUGCAAGAUUAUCAUGGGCCUUCAAGAGAAGGAAGAGAUGUAUCCUUUUUCUAGAUGAUGUGUGGAAUCAUUUUCCUCUGGAGAGGGUGGGAAUUCCUGUGAGAACAGAUGGGCUAAAAUUGGUUUUGACAAGUCGUUCGUUAGACGUGUGUCGAAGGAUGAAUUGUCAAAACAGUGUCAAAGUGGAGCCUCUUUCUAUGGAAGAAGCAUGGACCUUAUUUGUAGACAACCUUGGACAACAGACUUCGCUUUCUCCAGAAGUAAAAAAGGUUGCUAGAUCUGUUGCAAAACAAUGUGCUGGUUUACCCCUAGCAAUUAUUACAAUGGCCAGGAGCAUGAGGGGAGUGGAAGAAUUUUGUGAGUGGCGGCACGCGCUGGAAAAACUAAGAAACACUGAAGAAAGGUUGGAGGAAAUGGACAUGGCGGUGCUCCGUGUGUUGAGAUUUAGCUAUGAUCACUUGGAUAAUGAAAUGAUACAGCAGUGCUUCCUAUGCUGUGCAUUAUAUCCUGAAGAUUUUGAAAUAGACAGGGAUAUUUUGAUAGAAAGUUUUGUUGAUGAGGGACUGGUGAAUGGAAUGAAAAGUUUGGAGGCUAUGUUUGAUGAAGGACACACCAUACUGAAUAAGCUUGAGAAUAAUUGUCUUUUGGGGAAAGUGGAAAAUUAUGUUGGUCAGGAUGCCAGCAGUCAUAUAGUUAUCAGCAUGAUGAAAAGGGGAAGCCAACAAGUGGAAGGCUAUUAUGUCGGAAGUCAAUUGGUGAUAAUGCAUGAUCUGGUGAGGGCCAUGGCUAUUGAUGUUAUAAAGGUGAACUACCAUUUCCUGGUGAAGGCUGGGUUGCAAUUGACUGAGAUUCCAGACGAAGUAGAAUGGACUGAGGACCUAGAGAAGGUUUCCUUGAUGUGUAAUUGGAUAAAUGAAAUUCCAACCGACAUAUCACCUAGGUGUCCUAAACUUAGAAUCUUGAUUUUGAAGCAUAAUGAAUCCUUGACUAGGAUCUGUGAUUCUUUUUUUGUUCACAUGUCUGCUCUCGAAGUUCUUGAUUUGUCUUUCACAGACAUUGAGGUUUUGCCAAAAUCUGUGUCUGCACUGAGUACCCUCACUGCUUUGUUGCUAACAUCUUGUAAGCGAUUGAAGCACAUGCCUUCACUAGCAAAGCUUCAGGCCUUACUACGCUUGGACCUAUCUUUUACUGCAAUCACCGAAAUACCUGAAGGUUUGGAAGUGUUGGUCAACCUUAAAUGGCUUAAUCUUUAUGCGAAAAGUUUGGUGUCAUCAGGAAAAGAAAUAGCGAAUUUGACUCAACUCCAAUUUCUUAUUCUCCAUUGGUGGUCAAGAAAUAUAAAAGUGAAAGUAGAGCAUAUAUCAUGCCUGAGAAAGUUGGAAACUUUUGCUGCUAACUUGUGCAACAUGCAUCAUUUUAAUGCCUAUGUGAAAAUAAUGCAUAAAUAUGGGCCCAGAAGUUACCUUCUUCAGUUAGACACUGAAGAGUCUCUAGGUAAAUCUCCACGGUGCUUUUUUGCUGAAGUUUGUUUCAGCAAGGAUGUGAUCAUUUCAAAUAGCAAAAUCAGAACAGGAGAAACACCCCUAAUGCUCCCUUUCUACAUUCAACGCUUGAAGGUUGAAACAUGUCAUGACAUACGGAGCCUAUGUGAUGUUAUGUCAUUAAACAAUACCACCUCUUUAAAGCGCUGUGAGAUUGCAGAUUGUGAUGGACAAGAGUACUUGUUUUCUUUAUCUUGCUUUUCCUCAUGCUGCACCUCUCGUCGCAGCUUAGAAUCAUUGGAACUCAAUAGCCUGAAAAACUUACACAGUUUGUGCAAGGAAAUUGAAGCCGUGACUCAAACCUUUCCAUCAGGAGGAGCUUUUAGUUGUCUCAAGUACUUUUGCAUCUAUCAUUGUCCAAAUAUCAAGAAGCUUCUGACUCCUGGAUUGCUAGCUUAUCUACAGAACUUAGAAGAGAUAACUGUUCAUAAUUGCAAGUCAAUGCAGGAAAUAAUUUCCGUAGAUGGCAUAGAUUAUGAAAGCUACGGGGGUAAAAAUUCUUGUGUGGGUAAUAGAGACGCUAUUAUAGUUUCACAUUCAAAGUUAGUGUCAUUAUCAUUGAAGCACCUACCAGAACUCAGGAGCAUAUGUAGAGGACAAAUGGUGUGCGAGUCUCUACAAAACUUUAGGAUCUUUAAAUGUCCAAAACUGACGAGGCUCCCAGAAACUGCAACCUCGGUUCAGAUUUUGUACGAUUCUUUCUAG